GCGUGUUUUAUAGUGUACAGCGACCGACCUACGAUCCACACGCGUUCGCGUCCGAUCUUCCGAUCCUCGCCGCAGACGUAACCGCGAUCCGACGAACUUCGUUUUACCCGCGGAUUCGCCUUCACUUGCUCGCUUACAGUUUUUGUUUCAACUCUCGCGGGCACACCAUCUGUCUAACGACUCGCGUCUUACGCGUUAUUAACGUCGGACGUCCCGUUCGAUUCGAUUUAAUAACUGUCGUUUACCUCGGUGGCGCAAGUGCUGGAGGAGGCGGCGCGGCGUCGGCGAUGGUGGCGGCAGCGGCAGCGAUGAUGUCCCUGCCAGACGACCCGAACCGGCGUUUGCGGCCGACACGUGUUCGGCACGCGGCUUACUGAUACGCGUCCGUCGAGGCCGGGCCCGUAACAGCCGUAAAUUAUUACACCCUGUGAUACUACAGAAGGUGACGAUUUUACGCAUAAUAAAAUAAUAGAAGCGUAGCGCCCACCGAUCGAUUGAUAUUCCCGACGGCACGACAACAAUCCCCAUAGUCAUACCGUGCGGCCAUGUCGGUACCGUUGCAGUGUACGCUAUCGGCCGCCCGAUGAGUUGUCGGCCAAAAGUCGCGUGUGUAAAGACGCCGCCGCUGACCUGAGCGCUUGUGAGAAGUAUGUGGAAGACACGUAACCGAUACAAUUGGUCGUGGUCUAUACGUAUUGUCGUUAUUGUAGCCGCCGCAGCCGUCACGGUCGCCAUGUCCGAACCACGCGAAUCCGUCGGGUCCUCCGCUACUGCCACCGUCACGUCACAACUGGAGAGAGCUCCGUUCAUGUCCGUUGCCUUCGGUCAAGACGGUGCAGAACACCAGACGAACACGCCCGGUACAUCAGGUAGCAAACAGCAUUGUCUAUGGUGCAAACAAGCGUCUGACGAAUUAACGCCAGUUUUACCGUCAUCGUCUUCGUCACUAGUGUCGUCAUUACCAUCGACAGCCGGCGUCAACCGGCACCAUCACCGGCGAAAGCAUAGACCGCGUGGCCGGCGGCAUUAUGACAGCGCCGCUAGGUCUAGCCUGGACAAACAGCGGAUAGAGGCGAUAAAGGAACAGAUACUUUCAAAACUAGGCAUGACCGCUAAGCCAAACGUCACUAAGGCCCGGUCAACUAGAUUUCUGGUUGAAGCUCUGGCCGUCGAACCGUUAUCCGGGCUAACCGCUACCGAUGCGGACACCGCGGCGGGCAAUACACCUCUGCCUAGCACGCGAUUGCCCGUAUCAUCCAGGGAUGCUGACUCCGAACCCGACGACUUCUACGGUCGCACCAGGGAAAUUAUCGGAUUCGCAGAACCGGGAUCAACGUUAAAUGGACAAACAUUGUUGGAAUUCCCGUGGUCACAAGAUAUGGGAAGCUCCGAUUCAGUUAAAGUCAAAUCUGCGAAACUGUGGUUUAGGUUAGAAUACAGACCGGACGUGCCUCCGGUCGCUCGUAGAACACAUCACAGCCACAAUGUUACUCUGUGGCUUUUUAAGAUAAACUUCCGUACGAACCCAUUCCGGAAUACCACGUACCUAAGUGGUAAGGAGUUUGACGAGCACGCCACCUUGGCGUCGUCCCUAUCGCUAUCGCUAAACAACUUGGGGUGGAUAUCGGUGGACGUGACCAACACGGUGCAGGAGUGGUACAGAUCGAACGGCAAGCACCGGCUACGUUUCCACAUCGACUGUUCCGGGUGCGGUGGUCUCGUGUCGCCCGUGUUGUUCCACGACACCAGGCAGGCCAACGAGUGGGAAAACCCGUUCCUCAUGGUGUACACCGAUCCGACGGUGACCAGGCGGGUGCGUCGUCGCGCGCUGGACUGUUCGCUGGCCGUACGCGGACAGUGUUGUAAGCAGCGGUUCUACAUCAAGUUCCAGGAUAUCGGCUGGGACUCGUGGAUAAUCGCGCCCGGCGGGUACUACGCCAACUAUUGCAGGGGUGACUGUGGCGGGGUACACAGGACACCGGAUACGUAUCUCAACUUCUACACCCAAGCGAUCGAAGACUACAGGAAGGCCAAACACUCGUCCAUCUUCCAGCCGUGUUGCGCGCCCGUCAAGUUUUCGUCGAUGUCGCUCAUAUACUUCACGGACGACGGCAACAUCAUUAAACGGGAUCUUCCCAAAAUGGUCAUCGACGAAUGCGGCUGCCCGUAGAUGAGCCUCUAUAACACACAUAUUAUAUUAUAUUUCAAAUAUUAUUAUUGUUUUAUUUUUUUUUUUUUUUUAAUAAUGUGUGGAUUUUUCAAUUAGGAUCCCUUCGUUUUGUACACGUAUCCGCGUAAAUAUUUUAUCAUACGAAUAAUAUUUGAAAUACCUGCGACGGCUACGGUGAUUUAUUGUAAUGCGAAACGCGUACAACAUGAAACGCGAGUCUCACUAUUUACUACGGUUUCUAAUUUUUUUUAUCAGAUUCUUAUACUAUUGUAUUAUGUAUAAAUUAUAACCAAAAAAAAAAAAAGGAAA